AACAUUGACUCAAAGGCAGGGUUUUAAACAUUAUAUUUAGUUUGAGAAAGUAUAUUUGUGCGUUAUGUAAGUCAUGAUAAAGUUUAUUGGCAUCCGUGGAGGCUGUGUGGUCCGCUGCAAGGACUACGCAUAUGCCACAUGGUCAAAGGCUAAAGCCAUGAAGGAAAAGAAGAAGAAAACGGAAGAAGGUUCCGGAGGGGUUGCUGAGCUGAACCCUUGGCCGGAAUACAUCCAGAAACGUAUUACCUUGUGGGACAAGUUUAAAGCUCAGUAUGAUGAGCAGCUGGCUAACAAGCCUGAUAUGAGCAUAGUGGUGACCUUACCUGAUGGGAAGACAGUUGAAGCUAAAGCCUGGAAAACUAGCCCUUAUGAUGUUGCUAAAGGAAUUAGCCAGGGUCUGGCAGACUCCACCAUCAUCGCUCGGGUGAACAAUGAGCUUUGGGACCUGGACCGGCCACUGGAGAGUGACUGCAAGUUGGAACUGCUCCGCUGGGAUAAUACAGAUGCUCAGGCUGUGUUCUGGCACUCUUCUGCGCAUAUGCUGGGAGAAGCUAUGGAGAGGGUUUACGGCGGUUGCCUCUGCUACGGACCUCCUAUCGAUGAAGGUUUCUAUUACGACAUGUAUUAUCCAGAAAAAGGGAUCUCAUCAACCGAUUUCCACGUUCUAGAAGGCCUCGUAAAGAAAAUAGCAAAAGAAAAGCAGCCUUUCGAACGUCUAGAGUUGACUAAAGAACAGUUACUGGAAAUGUUUGAUUACAACCCUUUCAAAGUGCGCAUUUUGAACGAGAAAGUUAACACUCCUACUACUACGGUGUAUAGAUGUGGGCCCCUUAUUGAUUUGUGUAGGGGGCCUCAUGUGAGGCAUACGGGGAAGGUUAAGGCCUUGAAGGUCACUAAGAACUCAGCUACCUACUGGGAGGGUAAAGCCGACGCUGAAAGCUUACAGCGUAUCUACGGCGUCUCGUUCCCCGAGCCCAAACAACUGAAGGAGUGGGAGCAUAUACAGGAGGAGGCCGCUAAGAGGGACCAUAGGAAGAUCGGCAGGGAACAAGAGCUGUUCUUCUUCCACGAGCUGUCCCCCGGGUCGUGCUUCUUCCAGCCGCGCGGAGCACACAUAUACAAUACUCUCGUCAACUUCAUUAGAGAGCAAUACAGAAUCCGCGGCUUCCAAGAGGUGGUAACGCCGAACAUGUACAACUCGAAGCUGUGGCAGACGUCAGGCCACUGGGCGCACUACGCCGAGAACAUGUUCUCCUUCGACGUCGAGAAGGAGACCUUCGCGCUCAAGCCCAUGAACUGUCCAGGACAUUGCCUGCUGUUCGACAACCGCACCCGCUCGUGGCGCGAGCUGCCCCUCCGCCUCGCCGACUUCGGCGUGCUGCACCGCAACGAGCUGAGCGGCGCGCUCACCGGCCUCACGCGCGUGCGGCGCUUCCAGCAGGACGACGCGCAUAUAUUCUGUACCCCGCAGCAUAUCGAGCAGGAGAUGAUUGCGUGCCUAGAAUUCUUGGAUCACGUGUACACAACGUUCGGGUUCACUUUCCAAUUGAAACUGUCUACGAGGCCUGAGAAGUACCUAGGAGACCUCGCAACUUGGGACCAGGCUGAAAAGGCUCUAGCAGACUCACUGAACAAAUUCGGUCGACCGUGGCAAUUGAACCCAGGUGAUGGUGCAUUCUACGGUCCCAAGAUAGACAUCACCAUACAGGACGCCUUGAGACGAUCACAUCAGUGUGCUACCAUACAGCUAGACUUCCAGCUGCCCGAGAGAUUCAACCUCACUUAUGUUAGUGAAAGUGGCGACAAGAAGCGUCCAGUCAUCAUACACCGAGCUAUCCUAGGCUCAGUGGAGCGUAUGAUCGCUAUACUGAGCGAGUCGUACGCGGGCAAGUGGCCCUUCUGGCUCAGUCCCCGGCAGGUGUGUGUCGUGCCUGUCGGACCUUCCUUCGAUGACUAUGCUGUGCAUGUGAACCAGCAGCUGUUCGCAGCAGGCUUCAUGUCGGAGGUGGACACGGACGCGGGCGACACGCUCAACAAGAAAGUCAGGAAUGCACAGCUCGCGCAGUUCAACUAUAUCUUAGUUGUCGGCGACCGCGAGAAGACAUCAGGCACAGUUAACGUUCGCACCCGCGACAACAAAGUUCACGGCGAGAUGUCCAUACAGGGACUCAUAGACCAUCUCAACACGCUCGUCAAGAACAAGACCUUGGCUGAAGACAGUGAACUGAUGAAGUAGAGACAAAUGGGGUUUUUGAAUCGUACGUGAAAGUUUAAUGUCGAUGUUUGAAAUAAAAAUAGGUAAUUGUUGGUUGAAUUAGGUUGAUUAUUUUUCCGACCCAAAUAUCGACCAAUAGAAUUGCACCAUUCGACGUCACGUGGUACAACCUACAUGGUAUUAUACUGAAAAUUUUUUGAAUAUUUUCUCUGGUCGUUGCUACGUCAAACUGACAGGUUGUGGCCGACAUUUGGGACGGAAAAAUAAUCUUCGAAUACACACGAGCUUCAUAAUUAUCUGGCAUUUCCCUCAGUUCCUGCAAACAAAUAAAGUCGUCAAGUUUUUCAGGAAAAAUCACUCGCGCUUCGCGCUCGUUAUUUUUUAACCUGAAAAACUUGACUCCUUCAUUUGUUUGCAACGAACCUAUCGGAAAAUACCCGAUAAUUUUGAAGCUCUUGUGGUAUUAUAAGUGAAAAUGUGCAUUUUUAUGAUAUGUAGAAAGUUACAAAAGACAUCUUCAAAACUCCUUUCAAUUAAUGCCAAUCUCAUGAAAUAAUAAUGUUAUUUCGAAAGUCUACAAGCAAUGUUUGUAUUUUUUUUUGGUGUGUUGUGAAAAUUAGACUAGCAGGUAAAUUAUAAAAAUAUCGUAAAAAUUAAUAUAUAAAAGCAUUUAUUUAUUUAUUUAACGAAAAUAAUUAUAUUUCUAUAAAAGAUCUGCUGCUAAAAAGUCUAAUGAAAUAUGAAAUUCAUGCUUCAGAGUAUAUUUAAAUUUCAUCACGAAUGAUUCAAAAACCUACUUUAAGUUUAGAACAAAAAGGGUUAGAUUGAAAUAAAAGUAUUGUUCCAACUUUGUGCAAACUGUCGGAAGUUUUUCAAUUAUUUAUUUAGAACUCUAGAUACUUACGGAUCUAGUUAAAACUAGUUUAAAUAGUAUAUAAGUCACCGAAUUUCAGUUUUAUUGGCAUUUGACUCCCACUGCUGGGCAAAGAAUUCCAUGAACCUCGCAUUUUAUAUGAAUAGGUUAUUCUAAUUUUGAGUGAAAAAAAAAAUAGUGAUGAUUUUGUGUUUUUAGCAAUAAAAUUGAUAUUAAAAUUUUAGCGGUGUUGAGUACUUUACCCAGCGUUGGGCUAGAUUAGGUAAGGUAUGGUUUAAUACUGAAGAAGUUAAUUUCUAGCUUUCUUAUACGGUCCAGUACCAGUGGUAUAUUUUACUGAAUUUCCAGUGAGAAGAAAAUCUUUACCUUUCCGUCUUUCGUAGUAAUUUAUUUUGAGUAGUAAACUUAAGCUUGUCAACUUCUAAAGUUUUUAAUUAUGUUAAGGCAUACCGAAACUAGUUACUAAAGUGUAGGCACUAAAAUUACGUCAACUUUUACUUAUUUGUGCUUUUUGCAAGUUGAAAUAUUUUCACGAAAUUAAAAGCAAUGUAAUAUUGAUAUUUUACCUCUUUGUUUGUAUCCUCUUUGAUUAAAUUUGAAAAAGGCCUAAACGUGUAUAAGAUAGGUCAAUGAAAAAAUAUCAGCAAGUUUUCAUGAAUAUUUUGAUUUAUUUGCAUUUUUCAACAUAUUAGUAUUUCGGUGUGCUGCUUGCUUUAUGUACGGUUUUGGUUUAUGAAUGAGCAUUUAAAAUGUUUUGAACCUAGCUAGUACAAUUAAAUUAACCUUUAACGGC